CCCUAUAUCCAAAAUGGUCAAACUCGAAGAAGUCCUCGACGAGGAAUUCACCCGCACCCAAGACGCCCCCAUCGACGACGAAAACGAUUGGGACACCGACAGCACCGACUCCGACAACGACAGCGAGAUCUCGCUGGCGCCCGACGAAUCGCUCUACGAGCGCAUCGCCGCGCUCCAAGACAUCGUGCCCGCCUCGACACGCCGGAAGAUCAGCAACACCGUCUCUACAACGACCAGCUGGGUGAAGAGCGGGCUGCUGUUUGGGGGAAAGUCGCUGUGGGUGAUCAGCACGACGACGCUGCUGCUGGGUGUGCCGUGGGCGCUGGCGUAUAGCGAGGAGCAGCAGAUGGUGGAGAUGGAGCGGGAGAUGAAGAUGCAGCAGAGCGCUAGUGAGAUUCUGGGUCCCGGGACGUCCGCACAACCUGCCCAAGCGCGCCCAGCCUUAUAAUUUCGCACGAUGGAUGGAUAUCGAACCUAGAUGAAGGCAUUGGCGGGUGGACGACA